GGAGGGGAUUGGAACACCUGAAUCACAUGAUAUGGAGGGGAUUGGAGCACCUGAAUCACAUGAUAUGGAGGGGAUUGGAACACCUGAAUCACAUGAUAUGGAGGGGAUUGGAGCACCUGAAUCACAUGAUUGGGGGGGAUUGGAACACCUGAAUCACAUGAUAUGGAGGGGGAUUGGAGCACCUGAAUCACAUGAUAUGGAGGGGGAUUGGAACACCUGAAUCACAUGAUAUGGAGGGGAUUGGAGCACCUGAAUCACAUGAUUGGGGGGGGAUUGGAACACCUGAAUCACAUGAUAUGGAGGGGAUUGGAGCACCUGAAUCACAUGAUAUGGAGGGGAUUGGAACACCUGAAUCACAUGAUAUGGAGGGGAUUGGAGCACCUGAAUCACAUGAUUGGGGGGGAUUGGAACACCUGAAUCACAUGAUAUGGAGGGGAAUGGGAACACCUGAAUCACAUGAUAUGGAGGGGAUUGGAACACCUGAAUCACAUGAUAUGGAGGGGAUUGGAACACCUGAAUCACAUGAUAUAGAGGGGGAUUGGAACACCUAAAUCACAUGAUAUAGAGGGGAUUGGAACACCUAAAUCACAUGAUAUAGAGGGGAUUGGAACACCUAAAUCA